AGAAUAAAAACAACUCUGAUGAACUUCAUUAUAGAACCAUGAUAGCUUAUUUUUAUUCUAGCGAAUUAGAUAAUGAAGAAACUGAAAAAUUCAAAGUUGAUGAUAAUAAUCCAGCAUCGGUUGUUGAACAUGUUAAAAAUAUGAUUUGAAAAUUAAGACCAGAGAGUGAAAUGACAGAUGUUUUAUUAGAAUUAUGGGAUUUAGCUCCUAAAGCAGUUCCAAAAGAAUCACAAACUUAUCCAUUCAAAACUUAUAAUCCAAUACAAUUAAGAAAAGUAAGAGAUAUCAAUCCAUUAACUAUUAAUUCGUGGACAAGUAGCCGAAUUACAUUAAUUGGAAAUGCAGCACAUGCUAUGAGUCCGUUAUUAGGAUUAGGAACAACACAUGCUAUUCAAGAUGCUGAAGCUCUUUCUCAAGCAUUACUUAACUAUUCACCAGAAAAUUAUAUUUCUUAUAUAGUUAAAAUUUAUUAA